CGGAAGUUGCUUUGUUUUGCUUCAAGAUGGCUGCGGGGAUGUAUUUGGAACAUUAUCUGGACAGUAUUGAAAAUCUCCCCUUCGAACUGCAGAGAAACUUUCAGCUCAUGAGGGACCUGGACCAAAGAACAGAGGACCUGAAGGCUGAAAUUGACAAGUUGGCCACUGAGUAUAUGAGUAGCGCCCGCAGCCUGAGCUCCGAGGAAAAAUUGGCCCUUCUCAAACAGAUCCAGGAAGCCUAUGGCAAGUGCAAGGAAUUUGGUGACGACAAGGUGCAGCUUGCCAUGCAGACCUAUGAGAUGGUGGACAAACACAUUCGGCGACUGGACACAGACCUGGCCCGUUUCGAGGCUGAUUUGAAGGAGAAGCAGAUUGAGUCCAGUGACUAUGACAGCUCUUCCAGCAAAGGCAAAAAGAAAGGCCGGACCCAAAAGGAGAAGAAAGCUGCCCGUGCUCGUUCCAAAGGGAAAAACUCAGAUGAAGAAGCUCCCAAAGCUGCCCAAAAGAAGUUGAAACUUGUGCGCACAAGUCCUGAGUAUGGGAUGCCCUCAGUGACCUUUGGCAGUGUCCACCCCUCUGAUGUGUUGGAUAUGCCUGUGGAUCCCAACGAACCCACCUAUUGCCUUUGUCACCAGGUCUCCUAUGGAGAGAUGAUUGGCUGUGACAACCCUGAUUGUUCCAUCGAGUGGUUCCACUUUGCCUGUGUGGGGCUGACGACCAAGCCUCGGGGGAAGUGGUUCUGCCCACGCUGCUCCCAGGAACGCAAGAAGAAAUAGAUAGGGGCCUUGGAUUCCCACGGUUUCUUCUACAUCCCUGGACCUGGGCUAGUGGGGAGAGGAAAGCCUGUGCUGGGGCCCGGGGGCUCCGGGAGAGUGGAUGGCGCAGUGUAGUCAUCCCUUCUCCUCCCCUCUCCCCACUCCUGGUGCUGAGGCUGCAUCCAAACCCUGGUAGGGAGGGGUGCUGCAGCCGCUAACCAUCUGUACUCUCAUUCAGCCUGCCCCCCUCAGAGGGAAGUGGUCUUGCCCACUGUCCUUUUGCCUCUGUGCUGAGGUUGGUGCUGUAUUUCCAAGGGAUGGUCCUCUUCACUCCCCUUGCUUUGUAUUCAAGGACUGGGGCAGUAGCAUGGGGGCACUCCCCUGCCUCCUGAUUCCCUCCCCCUGUGGGGGUGCUCUGGUGUGAUAAACUUUGUUCUCUUCCUGCUUUUUCCGAGGUAGGGGAUCCCCCAGAGCAUCUGGGCUGUGGCCUUAGUUGAAGGGGCACCCCUUCCUCUGUGCCAAGAGGAUUCAUCCUGGCCUUGUGAGUGGGAGAGGGGGCAAGGUGGAAUGCACAUACACAUGUGUAAAGGAAUUUGAGUAGGUGAAUAAAAGCUAUCCAUGUUGGC